AUCGAAAUUUGAAAUUUUUUCUCAAGUUAACUGAUAUUCUACUAAAUGAUGAUUAGCACCAUCUAUCGAUAUUCAAUAUGGAUAAUAAAAACAGUAUAUAUCUGAUGUCCGAUACCAGAACUGGAUAUAUCCAUGGUUAGAUAGAUAACUGGACAACAAAAUCACUUGAUUCGAAUGAAUGAAUGAAGCUAGUUUAUUUCGUUUGCCAAUUCGGUGAUGCUCGAUUCAAGUUGUGAACAGUUACCAGAACAACAACAACAACAACAACAACAACACUACGAUGAUUGGCCAACAAACAGACUACCGUUAUCAUAUAAGAUGAUCAAGGUAUAUGUCAUUGACCUUAAACCAUAACCACCAUCAUCAUCAUAUUUUGAUUUUUCUACGAGCAUUCAAUUUGAUCAAUCGAUUCUUCAAAAGGUCGUAGAACAAACAGCAAAUAAAAAAAAAUGAAUUUUAUUUCACAAUUAUUAUAGUGAUCAUCAAAAAAUCUAUUUUUUUAAAAGUUUUUACCAAAAAAAACCAUUCGAAAUAAAAAAAACGAUGACGAAUCCAAACAUGACAAUGACCAUCAUUUUAUUUGUGUUUUUAUUCGCUAAUGUUGCUACGGCCAACAUUCAUCAUCAACAGCGAUCAUCAAUCGUAUCCACCAAUCCAAUCGUGGCAAAAUCAUCACAAUGGCAAGGAAUAGCUACCACAUCAAAUCAAUCGACAACUUUAUCAUCAUCUUCUUCAUCACAACAACAACAACAACAGCCACAACGUGUCCAAACCACAACAGCAACAACAAAUUCAAAUGAACAAUGGAUUGGAAAUGGUCAUCUACAAUUUACAUUCGAUUUAUUGGCCGGAAUUUUUAUGAACAGUAUUGAUUUAAAAACAGGAAAUUUAGAUUCUGUCGUAUUCUCACCAUUCAGUAUUCAAUCAAUGUUGAUGAUGAUUCAUCUGGGUGCUAAAGGUGUAACUAAAAGUGAAAUUGCUAAAAUAUUACAUUUGGAUUCAAUGGAAAAUAAUGUUACCUUUUCGAAAACACAUGAAGCAUUUAGUCAAGCAGUGAAAAGUUUAAUUGAUGAUGUCAACAUAAGUAAAUCAUUGCAUAGUGCUAAUCAGAUAUUCAUACAAGAAACGUUACAAGUAUCAAAUACAUAUCUGUCGGCUGUAAAUCAUUAUCAUCUUUCUUCUAUACGUUAUUUGAAUUUUGCUAAAGAAUCCUAUCAAGUAUUGAAUACAAUCAAUGAUUGGAUUGAAAAACAAACACAACAUAUGAUAACGAAUUUUCUUACUACACCACCAUCACCGGCCACAACAUUGAUGGCUGUCAAUGCCAUUCGUUUUAAAGGCGAUUGGCAAUAUCGUUUUGAUCCAAGUGACACGGAAAAAGAUGCCUGGUUUCGAAUGAUCAAUGGUCAAGUGGCCACUGUUGAUAUGAUGGUUGCUCAACAUCCAGUAGCAUUUGCUUAUAGUGCAUCGUUACAAACAUCCAUUAUUGAAUUACCAUUCAAAAUGCAACGAUUAAGUUUUUUUCUUUUACUUCCAAACGAUACUUUUGGCCUGUUUUCUUUGUUGAAUUCAUUGAAUGCUACAGUAUUUGCUGAUUUAAUUUAUUCAAUGCGUAAAGUAAAUAGUGGUGAUAAAACAUUUGGAGGUUCCAAUGGUGUAAAUAUUCGUUUGCCAAAAUUUACAAUUAGUUCAAUGCCUCGUAUUACGGAAAUUAUGAAAACUCAAAUGGGUGUAAAAAGUUUAUUUUCAACCGAAUCUGCAAAUCUUGAAGCCAUGUUCAAUCGAUAUAGUGGCCAUAUUCAUAUGGGUGAUUUACUACACAAAGCUGUCAUUAAAAUUGAUGAACAAGGUAGUAUUGGUGCAGCGGUGAGCACAAGUUCUAUUGAACGUAUCGGUGCAUUUAAUGGGCCAUAUUUUGAAGCCGAUCAUCCAUUCAUUUAUCUAUUGAUGGAUAAACAAACUGGUCUGGCAUUGUUUGCCGGUAUUUAUGCUGGACCAGGUAAAGAAGAUCAACAACAAGAUUCAACCAUACAAAAAUCAAAAACAUUAUCAACAACAAAAACUAUAAUGCAAUCCAAUAAUAAUAAUAAUAAUUUACAACAACAAAUUAAUACUGUGAAAAAUUCGAAUCAACAGCCACCAUCAUCUGCAUCUAUUCAAUCACAAUCAUCAUCAUAUCAUCAUCAUCAUCAUCAUCAGCGUUUACAUUUGAAUCAAUAUACAUUUGGAAUGACACCAGAUGGCAGUAAUGUCGAUAAUAAUAAUAAAAUGAAAUAUAAAUUGUAACGUUUUUGAA